AUGAAUAUCGACGAAGAUGUCAAUCCAUUUGCUGAUCCAUCGAUUCAGCAAGCAACUCAGCAAACAUUCACAAAUCAGCAGACACUCAAUGAGUACAAUCCAUUUUCCAAUGCGACUGUUGCUGCAAAAACAGCACCAGUGAAUGCGGGUACAUCUACACCAUCAUAUCAAUCAGCGGCACCUCCGACGGCUGCUCAACAAACAAAUCGAAUUGAUUUCAGUCAAUUAGAACGACAACAAGCCGAACUUGAACAACGUGAAAAGCGUCUUGCAGAUCGCGAACGAGAAUUGAGAAAUCUACAAGCUCCACAUCGUGACAAAAACUUUCCACCACUACCAGCUUGGUGUCCACUUCGUCCAUGUUUCUAUCAAGAUAUCGGCGUUGAAAUUCCACCUGAGUUUCAAAAAUGGGUUCGUUAUCUUUACUAUCUCUGGUUACUAUAUUCAGCAACAUUGGUUUUAAAUAUGAUAGCAGCCUUCUCUUAUCUAAUGGUUGAUAAAAACGGCGCAGCGACAUUUGGUCUCUCGAUACUUUACUUGUUUUUAUUUGUUCCUUGUUCAUACGUCUGUUGGUUUCGACCAAUCUAUCGAGCGUUCAGAAAUGAAAAGAUCGAAUCUCUCAAUUUAUUCAUACGUCCGGUCAUAUCAACGGAUAUUUAUGACUUGAAAGUUCUAUUCUCCGAUUGCAAUCUGUUCCAACGAGCAACCAUCGACUUUUCCAUGUAUUACUUCGCAUUUCGACCUAAGCAUUCGUAUAUAAUCACAUCCAAACAUGGACUUCUCGCUCAUGCCUCGAUUAAACAAUGGAAUCUCUCGAAGAAUUCACCGGCAAUCGUACUUGUGCUUGGUCUCGUCUAUGUUCGAUCAGAUUAUCGAAAAUUCGGUAUUGGAGAAUUGCUCACGAACUAUGUUCUGAAACUCAAGUCAGACGAUCCCGUUUGUAUUCAUGCAAAUAUCCUAACGCAGCAUUUACCAUUUUAUAUUCGUUAUGGUUUUCAAGCGUCAUUUUCGCUAGUGGGUUUAGUUGGUAAAUUAAAUGAAUUUUAUAAUUUGACCAAUGUCAUCGAGGAAGAAAUUCUCAUUCAACAAUAUGAACUAUCCGAUAUACUCGAUGUCGCUGCGUAUGAUAGUCGUAUUUAUCCGACGUACCGAAUUCAUUACUUCGAACAAUUGCGUGAGCAUAUCUAUUCAAUUGCUGGUUAUGUCGCACGUUCGAUAAAGACGAAUGCCAUCUUAGGAUAUGUUAUUCUCAACUUCAGUCAAGAAUUCAUCAAAUGCGGACCAUUGUAUGCAGAAAAUAUCAACAUAGCGCUGUUAUUGUUGAGGCAAUGUGCGACUGAUUAUGAUGGUAUGAUGUUGCUGGCUUUACCUGAAGAUAAUCGAAUUGCCUUGAAAAUGUUCGAGUCGAAACAUUAUAAACAGACGCAUAUUCUCCAUCGGGUUCAUACAGGCAACGAAAUUCUCUUCCAAGACAAAGUCUUCGAACGUAUUUGGGCAAUUACAGACGACUGGCUUUCGUUAAUUUGA